UGAUGCAAAUCUUUUGAGCGGCUCUAUGAGUGACGAAUAUGUAAUUGGUUGUAUGAAACAAGCCUUUUUCGCUCCGAAUACGCGCGGUGGAGCCCUGAUCGGAGGUUAUGAUAUAUUUGACGGACCUGCUUGGAUUAUUAAAUCUUUUAAGAAGCAAUUUACAUCAGCUUUGAUAAUAGUUGUAGCAGAAUUACAUACUCAAUUGUAUUAA